CUAAGACAUGAAGAGAGAAAAAUAUUGAGAGAGACGGGGACAGAGACGCAAAGAGGCAUCGCUGUCUAAGCCUUCUCUGCAUGCCAUAUUUCUCUCUCUAUCUCUCUGUCUCGCUGUCUCUUUCUCUCUCUCUAAAGCUCAUUCUUUUUCUUGAAAACCCACCCACUGAAAUCUCUUCCUCCAUUAUUCCUCAGACCAUUUGGGGCUCCGACCCUCAAAACCAGGGUAAGCUUGGAAAUGUACUCUGCUAUCCAUUCUCUUCCACUGGAUGGUGUUGGUGGGCAUGGGGAUUUCCAGGGAUCUUUGGAUGGUACUAACUUGCCAGGUGAUGCUUGUUUGGUUCUCACCACGGAUCCAAAACCUCGCCUACGUUGGACUGCGGAGCUCCAUGAGAGAUUUGUGGAUGCUGUGACUCAGCUUGGUGGCCCUGAUAAAGCAACUCCAAAGACUAUUAUGAGAACAAUGGGAGUAAAAGGCCUUACACUUUAUCACUUAAAAUCACAUCUUCAGAAAUACCGACUGGGGAAGCAAUCAUGCAAGGAUUCAACGGAAAACUCUAAGGAUGUUGGAAUUACAGCUUCAUGCAUUGCUGAGAGUCAGGACACUGGUUCAUCUUCAACUUCCUCAUCAAGAAUGAUGGCACAAGAACUGAAUGAUGGUUACCAGGUUACUGAGGCUUUGCGAGUUCAAAUGGAAGUCCAACGAAGAUUGCAUGAGCAGCUGGAGGUGCAGCGUCGUCUUCAGCUUCGGAUUGAAGCACAGGGAAAAUAUCUUCAGUCUAUACUUGAGAAAGCUUGUAAAGCUUUGAAUGAUCAGGCUGCUAUGUCAGCUGGGCUUGAAGCGGCUAGAGAAGAACUCUCGGAGCUAGCCAUCAAGGUUUCCAGUGACUGUCAAGAAAUACCUCCAAAUGAGCCCAUAAAAUUUCCUUUCUUGUCUGAUAUAGCAGCGGCUCUGGACAACAAAACUGCUAACAGUGUGCUGGCUCGCCUUGGAAACUGCUCUAUUGACAGCUGCUCGACACUAACUGGAAGCCCGGUUUCUCCAAUGGGAAUGAGCUCGCAAGCUGCUACUGCUGCAAUGAAGAAAAGGGCAAGGCCCUUCUUUGGCAAUGGAGAGUUAAUGCCAUUGGAGGGCAACAUUAGACAAGAAGUAGAAUGGGUGAUGCCUAACAUUGGGUGACUAGCAGGGCUUUUCUUCACUUAGGAGUGGAAACUUUUUUUUUUUUUUUCCCCCUUUUUUUCUCCUAUUUGUUUUAGUUGUUCUAGAUCUACCGUCUUUUGUAUCCUUUGUAACACCAGUGGUCUCUUUUUUUUUUUUUUUUUUUGGGUAAUAUUGUAACACCAGUGGUCUGUAUAUUGGUAAAGCAUGUCCUUUGCAUGUGGGUCAAAACCUUUAGUAUUUUAAAUUUAGAUUUUCUAGAUUUUACAGGCAGAUCCAAUAGCACUUCCAAAUAUUUUAUGCUUUCCUU